AUUCAGACCUGAAAUUUUCUGAGGGCGAAUGAAGCAAUUACAGCCCGUUAUAUAUAUCUGCAUCUUGCCCAGUGACCCCUCAACACCACACAGUCAUUAUUUCCAUAUCGUGUUGCUCUCACGCCCACUGAGAGGGGGAGCAGAGAGCUCAUCCGGUGCAUUGAGGGACGUCCAGGUCCUCAUCUGCGCUCUGUACAGCAUCAGCACCAGCACCAGACGCUGCGUGAGAAACAAACCGAGUCGCAUCCCCGCGGAGAGCAGCACCGCGUGCGUUUCAUUCAAUCUGGAGCGUCAGAUGGUGCAAGAUGCACUGCUUCUUUGUCCUCCUCUACACCCGGACUGUUUAAGUUAACGUUGGAAGGGACCAGUAGUAGUUGAGGGACCCGAGAAGACACGUUUCGGUCGCACUGAAAGGCUCCUACAGGACGCGCGCUUGGAUUACUGUCCUCGUAUCACCAUUCCCGUGGAUUUCCUGCUUGUACAACUGAACACGCGCGCCGCGGCUUCCAGAGAAAUAAAGCAAAUCAUUGCUGCCUAAAAUGUGUUAAUUCGGUUUCUUUCUCGCGAGGGAGGAGCAAUGAGAGCGUAAACAACACUGGGUGGCUUUGUUUCUGAGACACGGACCCGUGGAAGAUCACGUUGACAUGUCUUUCAUUGCUGGAUUUGGAGCUACCGUUAUUUCUCCACUAACUUAGGGAAGUGUUUUUCGUAUCUCUUUGACUUUGCAUUACAGCUCAAUUCUACUUUUCUAAAAAACACAUGCAGUUUUCUUUAUAUCUUCUUCCUACAUUGUGGAGCGCUUGGGAUGCUUUUAUCGGAAGGGCGUAUUUGAUUCGCUUCUAUCGCCUUUUGGAGUGAAGAAAGACCCCUUUAAACCCGUUGCCUCGGCAUUAUCUUGUGGAGUUAGAGCGACCCACGUGGAAACACGAACUCGAAGGAAGGCAAGAUGGGCUGUUGCAGUGGUAGAUGCACGCUGGCAUUUAUAUGUGGCAUGCAAUUGAUCAGCAUCCUGGAGCGACAGAUAUUUGAUUUCCUUGGAUACCAGUGGGCUCCAAUCCUCACAAACUUCAUCCAUAUCAUCACAGUGAUUCUAGGUCUCUUUGGGACAGUACAGUUCAGACCGCGAUAUGUGACCGGGUAUGCAGUCUGGUUGGUGUUGUGGGUCGCCUGGAACGUCUUCAUCAUCUGUUUCUAUUUGGAAGUGGGUGACCUUUCAAAGGUAACAACUGAUUUUGUACUUCUUUUGCAAUGUGUAAUCCCUCAGCUUGGCUAUCAGUGUUUUCUGUUUAUGUCUUAGCUCUGUAAGCUUUUUAAUAAGUAUGUUGCAGAUCAACUUGCAUUAGUAGUAAGGUCAAAAAAAGAGAUUUAUUGUUUUUUUGUCAGUGUUUCACUGUCACAGCUGGGUCUAAAAUCCUAUUUAGAGCUGGAAGCAGUGUUUGGAAGGAGAGUUUUAAGCUAUUAGAGCCUGUUUGCCUAUCAUCCAACUGGUGACUAAUCAAAUAGUGAGACUGACUAGUUUAUCUAGAUGGUUUUAUUAUUAUUAUUAUUUUUCCUAUAUGCUAGUUUUUAAAUUUUUGUGCUUCAAUUAGCAUAUGUCCCAUGCUUUUUCAAAUCCUCUCAUAAACAUUAAAAUGGACAUCUUUGGCCGUCUUGUGCUGUUUGUUGCCUGUGCCACCAUGAUUGUUGCGUUUUUAAGAUGGUGUCAACUUUAAGAAAUGCAUCUGGAGACCCCUUGCAUUCUCUUCCAUUGUUGCAUCCGUCUAGCUGUUUAUGAGAGCAAGAUAGUGACGUAACCUAGCGACCACUCAGAUCACCCCAGCAACCGCAUAGCAAUGCAUUAACAACCACUAACAACACCUUAGCAACCACAUAGCAAUGCAAUGACAACCACUCACAACACCUUAGCAACUGUAAAAGUAGCAACACAAUGACAACCACUCAGAACACCUUAGCUACCAUGUAAGUAGAAAUGCAAUGACAACACCCCAGCAACCCCAUAGUAACACAAUAAAAACCACUGAGAACUUAGCGAUGAAAUAACAACCACUUAGAACACCCCAGCAACUGCAUAGCAACACAAUGGCAACCAAUCAGAACAUCUUUGCAACCCCACAGCAGCGCAAUAACCACUAAGAAUACUCUAGCAGUUCCAUAACAACAUAUUAACAACCACUCAGAACACCUUAGCAACCAAAUAUGUUACAAUGCAAGAAGAAGAAGAAUAAGUUUUAUUUGUGUAGCACCUUUCCAUAGCUCAAGGUCACUUUACAUAUACAUAGAACACCAUAGCAACUGCUUAUCAAUGCAAAGACCAUCAAUCAGAACACUCCAGAAGCUGCAUAGCAACAUAUUAACAACCACUCAAAACAUUAGAAACCAAGAUAUGUUGCAAUGCAAUAACAACUACUCAAAAUGCCUUAGCAACGUAGCGAUAAGUUUUGCACAGCCCAGCGCCACGCACUGAAAUUGUAAACUUUUUCUGAAACUGUAAACAUCUAGUUCUUGCAUAUAUUUGUAGCCUAAAUCUGUAAAAAAAAAAAAAAUCUCUCUAUUUUUCCAUCUUUGCUUCUUUCAUUUCAGCUAAUAAUUUAUUAAAUAGUCAAUCGU